CAACGUUUGAGCAAGACGUUUCUAUGCACAGAAAUCCUGGUGAUUCUUUUGCACAUUUUAAUAUUUCUAGACUCCGAACAAGUGCUUUCUUUCUUCCGGGUUUUUGUUUUUGUAUCAGGCGAUUUUUGAUACCGGCUAUUCACAAUGGUGAAGCGAUGUGUGAUCUGUGGAAACGUGGAUGGUGACGUUUCGGUGCACAGAUUUCCAACUGACGUUCAUCGUCCUCAGUGGGUGGAAUUUGUGGUGAACCAAGGUUUUCCUGUAAACCUAAGAUCUAUGUUGUGUUCGAGGCAUUUUGUUCCUGGCCUUGACUACGAAGAAAGGGAUGUAAGACGUCGUUUGGUUCGCACUGCGGUGCCAUCUUUGGUGAGUAUCUACAUAUCAUAUCAUACAUACAUCACCAAGCAUCACAACUCAUUAAUUUCAAACCCAACCAUAACACUGCAUUACAAUAGACAUGACUUACCUACCUAACUAUCUACCUGGCUGUACAACAAAACAUACACUUUAUACACUUUAUGACGGAUAAACAAUAAAAAAGGGUUUACGCUAAAGCACGAUCAUAAAUUGAAUACUCCUAGACAAUAAUAUGUUAUUUAUGUACCCUACUGUUGUUGAAUUAUGCAAUACCUACCUACAUGUUUGUGAUAUAUCUCAUUACAAAUUUUUUAUUACUCUAUAUAGCUCAUUAAGCUCACUAACCCUCUUAUAUCAUUAUAGUUUAGGAAUAAAAAAUGUUCAUACCUACCACCAAAAUUAUACAGUUAAA